AAAUGCCCCACCCAGGCCAGGCGGCCAAGCUCGGCUCCCGGGGACACUCGCAGCUCGCGGCGCCCGCCCAGUUACAGGCACUGGGGAUACAGCAGUGAACCACAGACAGAGAAACAGACAAACUUCUUUCAAAAUGUCUACUGUUCAUGAAAUCCUGUGCAAGCUCAGCUUGGAGGGUGAUCACUCCACACCCGUAAGUGCGUACGGGUCGGUCAAGGCCUACCCCAACUUCGAUGCUGACCGGGAUGCUUUGAACAUCGAAACGGCCAUCAAGACCAAAGGGGUGGAUGAGGUCACCAUCGUCAACAUUUUGACCAACCGCAGCAAUGAGCAGAGACAGGAUAUUGCCUUCGCCUACCAGAGAAGGACCAAAAAGGAACUUGCAUCAGCACUCAAGUCAGCCUUGUCCGGCCACCUGGAGACCGUGAUUCUGGGCCUCCUGAAAACACCUGCUCAGUAUGAUGCUUCCGAGCUGAAGGCUUCCAUGAAGGGGCUGGGCACUGAUGAGGACUCUCUCAUUGAGAUCAUCUGCUCCAGGACCAACCAGGAGCUGCAGGAAAUUAACAGAGUCUACAAGGAAAUGUACAAGACUGACCUGGAGAAGGACAUCAUUUCCGACACAUCUGGCGACUUCCGCAAGCUGAUGGUCGCCCUCGCGAAGGGCAGAAGAGCAGAGGACGGCUCUGUCAUCGAUUACGAGCUGAUUGACCAGGAUGCCCGGGAUCUCUAUGACGCCGGAGUGAAGAGGAAAGGAACUGACGUUCCCAAGUGGAUCAGCAUCAUGACCGAGCGCAGCGUGUUCCACCUCCAGAAAGUAUUUGACAGGUACAAGAGCUACAGCCCCUAUGACAUGUUGGAGAGCAUCAAGAAGGAGGUCAAGGGAGACCUGGAAAAUGCUUUCCUCAACCUGGUCCAGUGCAUCCAGAACAAGCCCCUGUAUUUUGCUGACCGACUGUACGACUCCAUGAAGGGCAAGGGGACACGUGACAAGGUCCUGAUCAGAAUCAUGAUCUCCCGCAGUGAAGUGGACAUGUUGAAGAUCAGGUCUGAAUUCAAGAGGAAGUACGGCAAGUCCCUGUACUAUUACAUCCAGCAAGACACCAAGGGUGACUACCAGAAAGCGCUGCUGUACCUGUGUGGUGGGGAUGACUGAGCCCACAGCGGCCUGAGCGUCCAGGAGUGGUGCUCCUAUGCUUCCAGCUAAUACUUCUAGGAAACCUGCUUGUGACUAGUGCCCAUCCCUUGACCGUCCCUGUGCCCGUCCCUGUGAGGAUGCUGUCAGCGUUGCUUCUGCCUCACCUUCUCUCAGUUGCCUAAGCACUGCCAGGCUUUCCCAUCUAGUCUCUCAUUUUAGCCAAAGAAAUGAACAUUCCGAGAGUUGGAAAUGAAAUCUAUGAUGUGAAACACUUUGCCUCUUGUGUACUGUGUUGUAAACAGAUGAAUAAACUGAAUUUUUACUUUAGAACCAA